AUGGGAUUCUGGUUGCUUGUUGUGAUCUUUCUAUUUCAGGUGUUCCGCCCGUCUGAAAGUUCCAUGAUCAAACUAAAUGAUGGAGGAUAUGAAGAUAUUGUUAUAGCCAUUCACCCAGGACUACCUGAAAAUGCAGAGAUCAUUCAGAAAAUUAAGGAUAUGGUGAAUGAAGCCACAUCUUACCUAUUUACUGCAACACAAAAAAGGCUUUUCAUAAGGAGUGCUAAAAUCUUAAUUCCCUUGACUUGGUCUAAGGGUAACUAUACCAAACGGAAAACAGAGACAUAUGACAAGGCCGAUGUCGUUGUUGCCAACCCAUACCUGAAAUAUGGAGAUGAUCCGUACACCUUACAAUAUGGAAACUGUGGAGAACCAGCCAGAUAUAUCCAUUUCACGCCAAAUUUCUUGCUAGAUAACACACUGCUCUCAGUUUAUGGACCUAGAGGUAGAGUGUUUGUUCAUGAAUGGGCUCAUUUACGUUGGGGAGUAUAUGAUGAAUAUAACUUUGAGAAACCUUAUUAUGUGUCAACGGAUCUCAAAUUAGAAGCAACAAGAUGUUCCCGUGACAUUAGAGGAACGAAUGUAAAAAUAACUGACCAAUGCCAAGGAAAUGUCUGUAUUUUGCGGUCUUGCUCACAUGACCCUAAUACUGGUCUUUAUGAGGAAGGCUGCAUAUUUGUGCCUGAGAGAAACCAGCCUGUCAAGCAAUCCAUUAUGUAUAUGCAAGCUUUACCUGAUGUUUCAGAAUUCUGCAAUUCCAGCAAUCAUAACAUUGAAGCCCCAACUCUACAGAACAGAAUGUGUAACUCUCGCAGUACAUGGGACGUCAUCAGCAGCUCCAGGGACAUAAACUCCACCCAGCCCCGGCAAAAUAACAGCAUUCCUGUGCCAUCAAUAUCUAUCAUACAAUUUAAAGACAGAGUGGUCACUCUUGUACUGGAUGUGUCAGGGAGUAUGUCAGGAACCCGCAUUGCAAAGCUAUACCAAGCAGCAGAAAUAUUUGUUAUGCAGAUCAUAGAAGCUGGAUCUUACGUCGGAAUUGUCACAUUCUCAGAUAAUGCCUAUAUCAUUUCAUCACUACUUCAAAUACAAAGUGAUACAGACCGUCAGAAACUGAAAUCUCUUCUUCCAAAAACAACAAUUUCAGGAACAAACAUUUGUCCGGGCAUCCUGACUGGCAUUGGGGUUAACAAAGGAUUGGAUAGUUCAUCAUAUGGCACUGAAAUAAUAUUGUUAUCAGAUGGAGAGGACAACUAUAGCCCUGACCGUUGCUUCCCCGAAAUAUAUCAAAGUGGAGUAAUUAUUCAUUUUAUCAAUCUGGGUCCAAAUUGGGUAAAAUCACUGAAACAGGUGAUAGAUAACACAGGUGGAAGUCAGUACUCAGCAAGUGAAAGUUUAGAUGCAAAUGGUUUAAUUGAUGCAUUCUCUGGAAUUUCAGCUGGAAAUGGGGAUAUCACUCAGCAGUCUAUCCAGCUGGAAAGCACAGCGUCGGUCCUUAAACCGCAGGAUUGCUUAAAUGGCAGCGUCAUCAUCGACAAUACAGUGGGAAACGAUACUUUCUUUGUGGUUACCUGGCAAACUACUGUACCAUCUAUUAAAUUACAAGAUCCUAAAGGAUAUAUAUACACACAGGCAUUUUUCACCAGUGACUCAACUACUAAAUCUUCUAGGCUGGCAAUUCCAGGAACAGCAGAGAGAGGACAAUGGGAUUAUAGCAUUUGUAACCUUAUUACAUCGAACCAAGCCCUAGGUUUAAUUGUGAACUCUAGAGCAGCAGAUGUAAACCUGCCUCCAAUUACUGUUAAUACCCAUAUGAACACAGUCACAAACACUUACCCGAAUCCAAUGAUUGUAUAUGCAGCAGUCAGUCAAGGAAUGUUACCUGUGAGAGGAGCAAAAGUAACGGCAAUAAUUGAGCCAGCAUCCGGUGCAACAGAAACUCUGGAACUUCUGGAUAACGGCGCAGGUGCGGACAUUGUCAAGAACGAUGGUGUCUACUCGAGGUACUUCACUGCCUAUAAAAUCAAUGGGAGAUACAACCUAAAAGUGCGAGUCCAAGGUGUAAAAGGUCAAACCCGCUUAGCAAUGCACAGAAGUCGUGCAUUUUAUGUGCCAGGAUACGUAGAUAAUGGCGUAGUCACUUUGAAUGCUCCACGACCAGAAGUGGAUGAUGGUAACCUGAACCUGGGAGAAUUCAGUCGGAUAGCCUCUGGAGGAGCAUUUGACGUGUACAACAUUCCAACUAAGAUCCCAAUAGACAUCUAUAAACCCGAUAAGAUAAUAGACCUGGAUGCAACGAUUAAAAAUGGCGCAAUCACUCUUACGUGGACGGCGACUGGUGAUGACUUGGAUCAGGGGAAUGCCACAAGCUAUGACUUAAGAAUGAACCCCAAUCCGAAAGAUCUCAGGGACAACUUUAAUGGGUCAACUGCCAUCAAUGUGUCCAGUCUUACUCCUCUGCCGGCGGGAUCCACUGAAACAUUCACGUUUGUGCCAGAAAAUAUAAAGUUAACAAAUGGAACAAUUUUGUUCUUUUCCUUGGUUGCCAUUGAUGAUUCUUUUCAGAGAUCUGAUAUAUCAAACAUUGCCCAGGCAGCGCUUUUUAUUCCUCCAACACCAAUUCCAACGCCAAAACUAACAUCGCCAACGACCCCAGAACCAGAUAGCGGUAGAAUUGGUUCAGCAGCUGAUAUAACUAUAUCCAGAGAGAAUUUGGAAGUAGAGAUGAAUGAAUGA